CAUGGGUUGUAUAAUCUUAAUCCUGGAAAACUACGUUUUCACUCUAUAAACUACUGAUAUUAGAAGUAAACUUAUUAUAAUAUACAAUAAUUUAUAGGAACAUAAUUAUACUAUCAAAGUAUAUAAAGUAUUAAAAGUAUUCAACAUAAUUAGCAUAAAUUUCACAAAAAAUAAAUUAAUUAAUAAAACGCGUAUUGAACGGUAAAUAUAGGACGUGGGAGAAAUUUACUAAACUUAUAAGCUUUUUGAAACGGUACAACAAAUUACAUUACAUAUUCCACGCCAACGAGGGUAGGUACAAAUAAUACAUGUAUGAAAAUUGACAAGUUAAGAACAGUAAAUUAGAAGCAACGACUGCUUGAGCGUGCGGACAAAAUAUUGUAUAAAAAUGGAUUCAGAAAAUAAUAAAACAAUGGAAUCUAUGAAAUCUACGGACACAACACAACAGGAAAUAUCUGGAUAUUUCAUUGAAGACGAAUCCCACUUGAGACUCUCGUACUAUCGGGAGAAUUAUAAUUUCGAUGAUAGUAUUGACUCAUUCGCAUCCGCGCAAAGUACGAGUUUUCAAGCCGAUCAACAACAAAGUGUACUUGAUAGAAGUGAUAUACGAAGAAAAAUUAGCGAAUAUGUAUCUCAGAUGCCAGAUUUGCCACAUCCAUCGGAGACUGUAACUUCGAUCAUUACGUCAGCGUCUAGAAAGAUGGGUAUGGUCAAUUUGAGAUAUAACAACAAAAUCGAAUUGGGUAAGAAAGAAAGUGACGCACCAUUUUCACCGAAUCGCAGAUCAACAAUGAAUCCACGGUCAACAAAAUAAGUUUUAAUCGGUGAUCAAGUUUUCUAGGAGUUUGUCAUAUUUUUUGAAUAGCGUACAACAUCUCAAACGAAAUUUCAUUUAUUUGAUUCUUUAACAAUUUUUAUAAUGGUACUUCUGCAAAUUCAACAUCGAAUACCUUCAGCUUCCGUUAUUUUUUUACUAAAGAUUUUUUAAUUUAUUUAAGUUUGAAUAAUAAUAAUUUAUGCUAAAGUUUAAAUUAAUAAAUAAGUUUAAGUGUUUCAAUAUAAUUUAAGUAUAUAAUUUUAAUAAAUAUAUAUAAUACAAGUGUUUAAUUAUUUUGAUGUUUAAUAUCGCGGCUAAAGUAGUAUGUGUAACAGAUGUAAUCAUCUGUGAAAGUUGCAAAGUUUGUCAUUUUAAUCCUUAAGUGCAUUUAUGUUUAAUUGUUACAAAUAUAUAUGUGAAAAGAACUCAAUAGAUCUAA